GCCAUUUUAUCGCAUUUUAAGUUCUCAAUUAUAAUUUCUUUUACGAAUCAUUUUCUAUAUAUUAACGAAGAAAAUAUAAAACUUAAAACAUAAGCAAUGGAUUCAGAAAUGGAAUAUGUUCCUAUAAACAAUAUAAAGCAAGAAAUGGAAUCUGCUACACAUAAUAAUCAAGAUAUACAAUCCCCGAGUACUGGAAUAUGUAAUAAGAACAACAAUAAUAAUAAUUCACAAGCUGCGCCCGACAGUGCCGAAAAUAAAAAUGAUGAGCAACAUGCGUUAGAUAAGGAUUUGAAAAUUUCGAGAAAAUGCUGUUGGUGCCAACAAGAUUUGACUGUUAAUGAUCGCCCAAAAUUGCUUGAAUGCUUUCAUAGUUGCUGCGAACCAUGUUUCGCACAGGAGCAACAAAAGGCUUUAUCAAACAAUCAAAGUUGCAACGUUUCAAUCAUAUCAUGUCCUUUAUGUAAAAUGGAGAACCGUUCUGAUUUUAUAAUUAACAAUCAUUUUUUGGUUGAGCUAUUAAAUGCAUUACAAAGUGAUGAUAAUGCAAGCGGUAGUGGAUCAUCAGGCUCAGCAGAAGAGAUUGCAAAAUGUGCAAAUGAUGACAAUCCUGCAACGCGUUACUGUAUUGAUUGUUCCGAAUUGAUAUGCGAUACAUGUGUGGAAGCCCAUCGCAGGCUCAAAAUUACCAAAGAUCAUACAAUAAAAUCUAAAGAUGCAGCUGAAAGUAAGCAUGACAAGGAUAGCACAAAAGAGAUUAAAUGCCAAACUCAUCCCCAAGAAACUCUUAGCUGUUAUUGUGAAACAUGUGAUAAAUUAACAUGCCGUGACUGUAUGUUGACUGAGCAUCGUGAUCAUCUUUUUAAAUUUGCAAAUGAUAUGGCAAAACAAACCCGAGAUCAUUUACAAAGUUUACUACAGGAAAUUUCUUACAAGAAAGUAUUACUCUCGAGUGCUAUGAAAGUAAUUGAUGAUCGACAGACUUUAAUAAAUGAAAAAAAGACAGAACUGGCAAAGGAUAUUCACGAUUUAGUUGCCAAAUUAGCGACAGCAGUUAGUAGUAGAGGCAAACAAUUGCUUUUUAGGCUGGGUCAAGUUUGUGAUCAUAAAUUGCAAGUGUUGAAUGAAAAGAAAGAAGCAUUACAACUAUUAAGUGGACAUACAGAUCAUUGUAUCAAUUUUGUACAAAAUGCAUUAGAAAAUGGUAGCGACACUGCAGUUUUGUACAGUAAAAAAACACUUUCUCGACAUUUAAACAAGGUUAAAUGUCAACGAGCUGAUAUACCAAAUCCUGAAAUACCUGUUCGUAUUCAAUUAUUUUUAUCAAAUGUCCCAGAACUUGAAAAUGUUAUAUCAAGAAUUGGGACAAUCUUAGUUGAUGGAAAAGUAUACCCUCCAGUUCAAACACCGGCCAGUUCAAUUACACCACCUAAUAAUGUACCAACUCAAAUGAGUCAAAUGGCUGGACCACAGGUUGCAGAUGCAAGAGCUCAACAAUCAUCUCGACAAAGACAAUCUCCUAAUGUAACACCUCCCUUAAGACCUUUAAUCCCACCGACAGCACCAAAUACAGGAUAUAAUAACAGUCCGAAUAUUUUUCCUCCAUCUGUCGGACCCUCGCCACAAUUUCCACCUUCUAUGAGAUCAUAUUCAAAUGAAACAAAUCGUUUUCCGAUGCCACAUCCAUCAAUGGGACCUCCACAAGCGCAUGUUAGUUCAUCAACACAUCCAAGUAAUAGUAUGGGAAAUGACAAUCUUCGUGGAUUGCUAAGCCAUCAAAACCCUCAACAAUAUAAUCAUAUUGGUAAUUUUGGUCCCAAUAUGAGUAUGGAAAGAAAUAUGACAUCUCAGCAGGUUGCAGCCAUGCAACAAAUGAGAAACAAUUACAUGAGUAAUCAGAAUGGACCAUUUGGGGGCAAUAAUCAAAAUAACCAAAUGAAUUCGAAUGCAAAUGCUAUGAGUAAUGCUGCAGCAAUGCAAAGGUAUCAGCAAAUGCAAAGCUCACGACAACAAAUGAUUAGUCAAAUAAGAAGUUCUCCUAAUAUGAUGGGUUCUAAUAUGAAAUCGUCAAACAUGAAUUUUCCUCCUACACAACAAGCAAAUAUGACACCAAGUCAAGCUAAUUUCAAUCAAAAUCGAGCACAUCAAGCUGCCCAAAUUGCUCAAAUGCAAUCGGGUGGCAAUAGUAAUGCAGCUAGUGGCAGUGGAGGUGCAAAAUGGCACACACCUCAACAAAAACAAGCAUCGAACCAUGGAAAUAAUGUUUUGAAUUUAAUGGGCAUGUCUAUGUCACCACCAGCAACUACAUUUAUCAAUGACUCAUUUAAAAUUCCACUAAGAUCUCCAGAUACAUUGAGAAAUCAAAAUUCUUCUACAGCAAACGGUUCAACAAAUUUUCCAAUUCCAUUACCAAAUGUAACAUCCAGCAAUCCUAAAACACCAAGUCCAAGUCAAAAAGAUGCACAAAAAGAUAUAUCUGAUUCAAUUGAUAUGGUUUGUAACGAAAGCGUUGUUGAUUUGUUGGCUACAAUUGCAAAAUUGGAUUCUAAUGGUGUUCAAGUAGUACCAGAAGGUGGAAGAAGUAAGGCUACUUCACCCCAAGUUCACAGUUCCACAGAUGCUUUGGAUCCAAAUUCAAUUGUUCUAAAUGAUAAAAACAAUCAACCCAAAGAUGAUCCUAAUGAAGACUGGUGUGCUGUUUGCAUGGACGGUGGUGAACUAAUGUGUUGCGAUAAAUGUCCAAAAGUAUUUCAUCAAGCGUGUCAUAUUCCAGUAAUCAGUUCUCUUCCCGAUGAGUCUGAAACUUGGCAAUGUCUUUUAUGCUUCAACUUUGCAGAUGCAUUACCUGAUCAAAUCGGAGAGAAACGUGGUUCUGGAUUAUCAAGCUAUGAACUAAAAGUUAUUCAACGGGUUCUUCUUGAAAUGUUGUGUCAAUAUGAGUUAAGCUCCCAUUUUAGGACUCUUCCAUCAAGAGAGUCAAACAAGCUUUACUUUGAUAUGAUAAGAAAGCCUUUAUCGUUAAGCUGUAUAAGAGAAAAAUUGGACCCCGCAAACUUAAAUCAUUACCAAAAUGUCCAAGGAUUUGUUGAAGAUUGUAAACUACUAUUCCAAAAUGCAAAACAAUUUUACGAGGAAGAAGAUCCUAAAAUACAAUCGUACGCAAAGGAUUUAGAAAGUUUCUUCGAAUCACAAUUACGAAAACUUUUGCCCAAAUAUUCAAAAUCUUUAAAUAUUAAACUGACUUCCAAUCAAUUAGGAUCAAUGUCGUUCCAAGAUUUUAUUGAUAUGGAUGAUCAAAAUGAUGAGUAUAUGUCGAAUAAUAAUCCAAAAAGAAAACGUUCAACACCAAGCAUUUAAGCAUAAAAAAAUAUAUAUUUUUAAAUAUAAU